AUGUCAGGUCUUGAAGCCCUCGGCGUGGCAGGCAACAUUUUCCAAGUCAUCAGCUUCGGUCGAGACACAGCCAGCCUAAUUAAACAAGUCUACCGAGAUGCUACCGUCGACGAUACCCUCGAGGUGAACGCAAAGGAACUCGCUCAACUUGCAGCGCAUAUUCAGGCUCUGGAAGGUCCACAGCUCCCGACCAAGCAAGAAGACCAGUUGCUGGAAAUCGCGAAAAAAGUGCCAAGCCUGGCCCCCAAGGCAAACUGGCGAAAGAGAGGACUCAAUAACUUGGAGAGGAAGCUCAAUGACGCCCAGAGACUAAUGCAGAGCGGCCUUCUUGCGCGAAUUUGCCAAAAGACCGACGCCAUGCACCUUGAUCUGAAGUCGCUGCGACAGCAAUCUACGAGACUUGAUCAAACAUCCGGGACUCAGACCAGAAACACUCUGCUGAUAUCGCAGCGUUGA